ACGGACGUUUACGCUUCGCUCUGGAUGAACGCUUUGUCUGUCCUGUAUGAGAGAGUGCGAAUUCCCCGGGACGGGCUACUGGCUUCGACAGUAGAAUCAAAGGAUUCGGGAAGUUUCACAGGUAUCCUGGAUACAUUUUUGCAUCAUGCAGGAGGCAGUUGACACCGCUGUGCCCGCUUUAGGUCUGCCCAUGGGGACCAGAGAGUUCACCGAGCAGCAGAUGGGACUCGCCAACAAGAUCCCGUUAGUGAAGCCCUACUUCAAAAAGAAACACGCACAGAGAAAACUGGACACAAAAUGCUUACGUGCUUUAGAGGACCCUAUUUUGAGCACGUUAUUAAACUCAGACGCACUCGUGUCAGGGGACGGAGUGUUUGUUCUGCGUAACCCAGCUCGACCACAGCGGAAUAUAUGCACCGCCGCCAUAGAGAAGCAGGCGAGGAUUAGUCAGGUGUGCCUGAAGGAGGAGGAUGAGGAGGAGAGCACGGACGCCGAUGUGGGCGUGAGCGAGCUCGCGGGGGAACAAAAGGUGUUGGAUAUUCAGCGGGUGUCAAUAGAGGCUAAUGAGCGACGCUUCCAGCCCCAGGAGCGCGACGAGGCGGCGCCCUCCUCUGACGUUUCAGGGUCGAAGUUAAAUGACAUCUACACCACUGAGACUUUGCAGGGUGCAAAUUGCCUCGCCAUCAAAGAGGGCGAGAUCUUUCAGGAUAAAAGCGAGGAGGCCUCUUUGGAUCUAGUGUUUGAACUCCUGACCCAGCUCCAGUAUCACACGCAUCAAGCGGACGCUGUAUCGAUCUGUGUGGAUUUCCUCCAGGGCGUUUGUGUCUAUGGCAGUGACUGUUCCCAGCAUCACACCGUUCUACCUUACCACUGGCAAAUCCGCAGAGCAGAUACGCAGAUCUGGCAGAGCAUAUCGGAUGACUCUCAAGAACAACUGGAAAGGCUUUAUUGCAACCCUGACAAUGAACAUGUCAGACUUAAGUUUCUCGGUCGAGUGUUUACGUUGGACUUCAGUGCCAUGCGAGUUUGUGACCUGGAGUUUGACCUCGUCAGGCGUCUGUCCACGCCUUCCAGCUCCACAACCACACCCACAAACACAAGCCCCACCCCUAACUGCCUGACUGUGUGGAAAUACUACUGUAGAGAUAACUUUGGCUGGAGGGAAUAUUCAGAGAUUUCUUCAUUUAAUCUCAUGUUUCCUCUCUUCUUUAGGACUCUCGGUGGCCUUUCCUCAGCAUUUCUCUCCUCCCUGGAAAGUUCUGGAAACCAGCCUCUCUCUCCUACGUCAAGCGGCCCCUCUAAAGUGUACCCUGAGACUUGGUUACCCAUGAAUACCAGUCAGGACUUCCUGCAGGUGCCCGUCUCCCGGGACGACCGCAGCUACCGGACUGUCUACAGCCUCUUCCACAAGACCGUAUCUGAGACCAAGUUCCGCAUCCUGAAGAUCCUCCGUGUCCAAAACCCCUUCCUCUGGGAGAAGUACAAAAGGAAGAAGGAGUACAUGUCACGGCACAUGUCAGAGAUGGACUGCAUGCUGAACGAACGCCACCUGUUCCACGGCACGUCCCAGGAUGUGGUGGAGGGCAUCUGUAAGCACAACUUCGACCCACGUGUGUGUGGCAAGCACGCCACCAUGUUCGGCCAAGGCAGCUACUUUGCACGCAAGGCUGUCUAUUCUCACAACUUCUCCAAGCGCUCGCCUCGUGGUGUGCACUACAUGUUUCUGGGCAAAGUCUUGACGGGCAAGUUCACAGUGGGCAACCCUUCCAUGCGCCGCCCACCCCCACUGAAUCCAAGAGACACCUCCAGCGACUUAUUUGACUCCUGUGUGGACAACUGGAUGGACCCGCAGAUCUUUGUCAUCUUCAGCGAUGAUCAGAGUUAUCCUUACUUCAUCAUUCAGUAUGAAGAGGUGGGCAAUACGGUGGAUAUUUGAAGAUCACUGCACAUCUAGAUUCCUGCACAAGAGACCCGUGUGCACAUUCGGCCAGUUUGAAAAGAGACAGGAGUAGUUGUGCACCAGCAAUCCGAAUAGAACUCAUGAACCAUAUGGGAUACGUUCGGAUAUUGUUCCCAGCCUCAAUCAUGUGUGAGGGUUUCUGUGUGACCUUUCAGUGCGCGUCUUCUCAUGCCUCUGUGAAUACAAAUGGGGAUUGUGUUUAUGGCAUCCCUCCUCUGUGCUGGACAGUUUAGUGUGCGAAUCAUGUGUGUGGAUGAGUGUCUCUGCUGUGGCUUCCAUGGAUGACCAUGGAUUGGAACCCACAUUAGUAAGAGGCACGUCAAUGACUCGAGGCUGUUGUUGCAGCUUCACAUUCUUAUUCUUUUUUUUUUUCCCCAAAAACUCACCGUUCCCAUUGCUGCCAUUUGCGUUCCAUACUUGCUAUUUGUUCGAAGUUGUAAAUAUGAUCUCCUUGUUUAUAUUUGAACUGUGUGCCUUUUGUCCAUAAAUAAAUUGUUUAUUUAUGUUAGUCAAUGUAACAAGUAAAUAAA